AUGCAUUCCGUCGCUCUGCUCGCUCUCCUCCCGCUGGCUCUCGCCGCGCCUUCCAAGCGCGCCACCCCGGCGCCCGUCUUGGUCCCUCGCAAUGCGCAGGCCGUAGAGGGCAAGUACAUUGUCAGGAUGAAGGGCCAGGACAAGGGCCAGGCCGUUGCCAGCGCCAUCAAGGCCAUUGCCGCCGACGCCGACUACACCUACAGCCACGGCUUCCACGGCUUCGCCGCAGCCUUGACGGCCGAUGAGGUCGAGAAGCUUCAGGGCAACCCUGAUGUCGACUACAUUGAGCAGGACGCCAAGGUCACCGUCUUUGCCACCCAGGCUGAUGCUGAUUGGGGCCUCGCUCGUCUCUCCAACGCCAAGGCCAACGGCACGACCUACAGCUUCGACGACAGCGCCGGCGCGGGCACCUGCGCCUACAUCAUCGAUACUGGCAUCGAUGCCUCCAACCCCGAAUUUGAGGGCCGUGCCAAGUUCCUCGCCAACUACGCCGACGACGACGACACUGAUGGCAACGGCCACGGCACCCACGUCUCCGGCACCAUUGGCUCCAAGACGUAUGGCGUUGCCAAGAAGACGACCCUCUUUGGAGUCAAGGUCCUCGAUGCCAACGGCUCGGGCCGAAACUCCGGCGUCAUCGCCGGCAUGGAGUUUGUAGCCAAGGACGCCGCCGGCCAAAAAUGCCCCAAGGGCGUCGUCGUCAACAUGUCGCUGGGCGGCGGCUACUCCAAGACGGUCAACGCUGCGGCGGCCAACAUCGUCAAGGCCGGUCUCUUCCUCGCCGUGGCCGCCGGCAACGACGGCCAGGACGCGGAAGGCUACUCUCCAGCCUCUGAGAAGACCGCGUGCACCGUCGGCGCCACCACUCGCUCCGACAGCCUCGCCACCUAUUCCAACAUCGGCAGCCUCGUCGCCGUCCUCGCGCCCGGCACCAACAUCACCAGCACCUGGAUCGACGGCAAGACCAAGUCCAUCUCCGGCACGUCCAUGGCAUCCCCCCACGUCGCCGGCCUCGGCGCCUACUUCCUGGGCACCGGCCAGAAGGCCGAGGGCCUCUGCGGGCUGCUGGCUCAGAAAGCGCUCAAAGAUGUUGUCUCUGACGUUCCCAGCGGCACUGCCAACCUGUUGAUCAAUAACGGCUUCACGAAGCAAGCUUCAAGCCUGAAGUUCAAGCAGGCCCGGAAACACUAA